AGAAUGCAAUGAGUAGUAACGGAUUCCUCUACACGCCUGAAAAAUGAUUGCUGACCCAGUGCACAACUACUCAUGCACAUUCUACGAAUGGUCUCGCAAUCCUCAUCAUGCCAAGUUCUUUCGGAUUUUCUCCAUUAUUUCUGUGCUCACUGUACUCGUAGUCGUCGUCGUGCUCGGUAACGCACUCGUUAUUGCCGCGGUUCUACUCCGACGACGUCUGAGAUCGGCCACCGGUCUUUUGAUUCUCUCUCUAGCAGUGGCAGAUCUUUUGGUGGGAACUGUCAUUCUGCCAUUCAGUAUAGCAAAUGAAGUCUUGAAUGGUUACUGGAUAUUCGGAGAAACGUGGUGCACAAUCUGGUUGACCACAGACAUCUGGAUGUGCACAGCAUCUAUCUACAACCUUGUUGCCAUCUCCAUCGACCGAUAUAUAGCGAUAAUCAAGCCACUCAAUUAUCCAAUGCUAGUGACAAAAUUCCGUGCUCGUUGCACCGUCGCC